GAUUAUUACAGACAUGAAAAAUUGGAAUUUGUAUCAUCUAAUGUCUAAAAUGCUAACGGAUAAUCCAGCAGUCGACAGAAUAUACCUUGCCGCCGGCCCUCCCAGAAAUACUAUGACGGCACCACAAAAAAAAUUCCAACUUUCACCUUCGUUCCGUCCGAUUGGCAAAUUGGCCGCCAUAGGGUUUUGAAGCGAUAGUGGGCGAUUGAUUUCUUGGCGGAGAAAGAUGAAGUUUGGGAAGGAUUUUCGAACUCACCUCGACGAAACGCUGCCGGAAUGGCGGGAUAAGUUUCUCAGUUACAAGCCCUUGAAGAAGCUGAUCAAAAACCUUCAACCAGACGGCGAUGAAGGUGCCGACGGCCAUCCAUGGUUGGGACUUGAGGAAUGGUUUGUGCGAAUUCUUGAUGAGGAGCUCGAAAAGUUUAAUGAUUUUUAUGUUGACAAGGAGGAGGAGUUCGUCAUUCGCUUGCAGGAACUCAAGGAAAGAAUUGAGAAAUUGAGAAUAAAACAAAGGGGAGCUCUUACAUCUGAGACUAAGUUUAGCGAGGAAAUGUUUGAGAUUCGCAAGGCAUUUGUGACCAUCCAUGGGGAGAUGGUGCUCCUGAAAAAUUAUAGCUCCUUAAACUUUGCAGGCCUUGUAAAGAUACUUAAGAAGUAUGACAAAAGGACUGGAGGCUUACUGAGUCUUCCUUUCACUCGGCGUGCGCUCCAUCAGCCGUUUUUCACAACGGAGCCUCUGACAAGGUUAGUCCACGAAUGUGAAGCCAACCUCGAACUCCUCUUCCCCAUGGAAGCAGAAGUCACUGAUGCAGGCUCUGCGGAGAAGAGUGGAAGUUUGAACAAUAAGAACAGAGAUGCUGAAACAGGAUCUCUGCAUGAGGAUGUUGACAAUAUUUGCCGCAGCACAUUGGCUGCAUUGAAAGCGAUACAGGGUCUCCGUCGAGCCAGUUCGACCUACAAUCCCUUAUCGAUUGGACAGUUUUUUCGUGAUCAAGAUGGUUGCUCAACGGCUGUCACAAGCGAGAACUCUGCAUUGAACUGUGAGAGCACCUUGCAUAGCAAAGAUGUUGAUCAAGGGAGCGUAAAUUCUGGCGACUGAGUGCCUGCAAUCAUGUCGAUAACAAUUGCUUUUGCAUUUUCGGUUGAUGUGCUAUAUUUGAUGAUCUGUUCAUGUAGUAAAUUGAUCUUAGUGAUCAUUUGCUAAUGACAAAUGUACAAAGAGUUUUGCCCCCUUAUUAAGUUUGAAUAAAGUUUCCAAGGCUUUCGCCUUUUUUUUUGUCAUUUCAGAAAAAUUUAGCAAAUUUACGUAGUUUGUGUACCUAGAAUACUGUUUUUUAUCCUGCUAGAAGAAAACGGGGGAAGACACAAAUGUAGAUGAAUUCAGUAGUCUCUUCCUGGUUUUUAAG